GUGACGCUGGUGUGGCACUAGGGGCUCCUGCUGGGUUUCCGACUCUUCCCGCAGUCGGGCAAAGCAGGAAUUUUGUCCGUUAGGCAAAAAAAAAACCCCAAACCACGAAAGUGCCGUGAGCUGUCAGUCUCUCGCAAAUGAUUACCUCAACAGGUUCCAGUUCCCAAGAUGAUGGCAGUGUAACUUACAAAAUAUUUCCAUUGAAGAAGCUGUUUUGAAAGCAGAAAUAUGUAGAGAAGUACUUGCUUCUGCAUGGCAUCUGUGUUCUCAUAUGAACCUAUGAGAGGUCUGUUAACUUGACCAUCUUUUCAGUGAUGAAACAACGUUGGGAAUUAUGGACAAAAACAUUGGAGAGCAGCUUAACAAAGCUUAUGAAGCCUAUCGACAAGCAUGCAUGGACAGGGACCAUGCUGUGAAAGAACUACAGCAAAAAACAGAAAACUACAUGCAGCAAAUACGUGAACAGCAGGAAAAGAUAGAGCUUCAAAACAGCAUUAUUGCAAAACUGAAAUCGCAGUUAGCUGCUCUGAAUGCUAACAGAGGUAAUGCGCAUCCCUACAUUCUGAUGCAUGAAGACAUUGAAACAUCCAACUUAUCUUUCAGCCAGCUCUCUGAAAAACUGAACGUAGCAAAGCAAAGAGAAAAACUCUUAAAGGAACAGUUAGAAAGUGAGAGCAUGAAGUUAAAGCAACUUGAGGACAAAAACAAUCAAAAGGAAAGGAAGCUUGUAUCUAUUAUUUCCAACCAAGAAGAUAAAAUAAGAACUCUGAAAAGCAAAUUGAAAGAAUUAAAUGAAGCACAAAAGGGUAUACAGACGCCAACAUAUAAAAGGGAGGUGAAAAGUAGGAAAGUUGUUCCGGAUAAGCCUGAAUUAUCUCUAGGGAUCUCUGGUAUUUCUCCUAUGCCUGAAAGGGAGAAUCUGGAGACUAUUUUCCAGGACAUGAAAGAAGAAUGUCAUCGAAUAUGUAUGCUAGCCAGAGAACAAACAGACCAACUGAGUAAAUUUAAGAUAAAGCCAGAACCUGAAACUGAAAUACAGUUUUCCAUGCCGAUACAGUGUACUGAUAAAACUGAUGAACAAGCAGAAGAGCUUUUUAAGCCUCGGGUUAUAAAGGAUAUAAAUAGAGGUGCAUCAUGCAUCACAUCUAUCACACCAAGAGGAGUGGGCCAAGAUGAGGACAACAACUCUGUAGAAUCACUUUCUAAAUUUAAUGUCAAGUUUCCACCUACAGACAAUGACUCUGCUUUCUUGCAGAGCACUCAGGAAAAACCAACAGUUCCUUGUACUGGUAUAGCUGAAAACAUGCUUCAAGAUCAUCAUUUUAACCUGGAGCACAGAGACCAUGCUGUUAACCUCAGUAAAUUGGAACCUAACCCAUUUGAAGCUCAUGGAGUUGAUCUCAUGACCUCAGCUUUACAAAGCUUAACUACUGUUGACAAAACAAACCCCCCAAAUCAUGCAAACAUGCCAAUAGAAAAUACCUGUGACAAAACGUGUUUAAAAACAACAGACACUGGUUUCACAUUUGUACCUAAGCACACAAACCAGGGUGUACCUGAAGUAAUUUUUUCGUCUUUAGAAGCUGCCGGGACAACCGUCAGAGGUCCUCAUCAGCUCGUUUGGCAGCCUCAAGACAAUGAUUUGCUGGCACAAGCUUAUACAGACUCUGAACUGAAUCAGUGUGGAAUAUGUGAAUUCUGUCGAGAAGUUUUCCCACCAUCUAUAACAUCUAAGGAAGAUUUUCUUCGGCAUCUGAAUUCCCACUUUAAAGUACAGUCUUAAUGUAUGAGAAUUCAAUGGAUCACCGUUUUUGCAUAUAUUUGAUUUCUUUUAUUCAAUAGUACGCUAAGAAUUUAAGAAUUAAGACUUCUUGUAACAAGAACUCAUGACUGAAAUUGUUUGUCAGAUAAGCACAUUUUUAAAUUGUCCUUUGACAAGGUAAAAUGAAACUGUAAGUCACUCAGUACUGUAAUUCACAUUAUUGCUUGUUAUGCUUCAAUAUUACUUUUGAGAGUGAUGUUAAACACCUUUUUUCUUUUUUUCUUUUUUUUUUCCUUUCUUUUAUUUUGCAAUUAGUCAUUGCCUGAAUAGGCCCGAAGUCAUGAUUAUAUUUAAGAGUGUAGACUUGCAGGAUUAACGCCUUAAUCUGGCUGGGGAAAUUGGUGUAAUGCUAGGAUUUUUUUCUCAAUAUCCAGUGAUAUGAUUAUGUUCUCCUUGAAGUAAACAGGAAGAUAAGUAGGCUCUCAUUUUUCAUUUCUCUUAUAAAAUUUCCAAAUUUAAUUUACUAUAGUGAACCUCUUAAUUCAGAUUCUUGCAAAAUCAUCACAGUAACUGAAUGCCAGGUGUGCCAAAAUUAGGAUAGGCGUGUUCACUAGUAACAUAAAUGAAUGGUUGACUUUCCCAGAUGAAUUGUUUACUAGAGAGAGUAAUCAAACAUGGCACAUAAAUGUCACUUUUGGCAAAAUGUAACAGUAGCAAUUUUAUGGAUAUCUGUUACGUGUUAUAAAAAAUAACAAUUUUGUUCAUGUAUCUUUCUAGCAUUAAUAAUUAGUAAAAAUACUUUCAUGGAAAAAGAUUGUAUUAGUGUGAAGGAUAGAGUGAGAAAAGGUUAAACUUUCCCUAAAACUAAGAAUACCAAAGAUUAUUUACCUUUCCUUCCGGUCUGCUAUGAAGGAUUGCUCAAGUCUGCUACAGCCUAGAAAGAAAAGGGGAAAACCUAAUCACCCAAAUCCCAGUAACUUCAUUUUUAACCUGAAUGUGCUUAGUGGCUUCCUCAAUGCAAUUUAAAUUUGUGUUUAGUUGAAACGUUGCGUUCUGAUAAAUUUUGCACAUUUUCUGGAUUUAUUGGGAUCAAAUUAAAAAGUGGGGGGGUUUACUAAGUAAUUUAAAUUAAAUUAUAAAGGCUGACUUGGAGCUUUUUGCGUUUGAACUGAAUAUAGGUUUUAGUCCCGAUACUUGAUAAUUAGCAUUAAUAUUUUCAUAGCAGCAAAGCACAACAGUUUCUCUUUUUAAAGAUUUGUUCGCAGGUGACCAAUUUCUGGAAGAAUUAACACCUGUGUAACUUUUAGAAAUGGAUUUUUCUGCAAUUACUUUCUCUAUUUUAAACAUCUCAUGUUUGUGACUGGCUGUCAACAGAGCGUACUGUAAUAAACAGCAGUGUACAGUGCACAUCUGCUACAUGACCUGGAGAAAGAGUUUGUUACUACGAACAGCUCUAAAGCCCCGCCGGUACCCAGCGCUGAGGAGGAUACACGUUCAUCCCCGGACUCGCCGUGCGGCGUGUGAAGAACCUCCCCAGGGAGCACGGCUGGGGGUGGUUCCCGGGAGAGGCAGAAGUUCCAGGAUUGGGAGGAGGGAAGGGGAUUCGCACAUCUCCAGCCAGCCCGACACAAAACCGACUUGUCCUCUCAGCCGUGAAAUCCGAGCUCAGGAGCUCACGUUAUUAAGAGCCGAACAAACCGCGAGUCACCUUUAAAGAAAAUAAAGUCAUCUGUUCCGCCCCCGC